UCCCGUUCGUUCCUGCGACAGACAAGUGCAGCGACACCAAGCGGAGGAUCCGGGAACCAGUCUACAUGUGGAGGCACUCUCCUACCCAGACCUGACUCUAGUCUGUUAAUGUUUCAAAGAUAAACACGAUAUGAUUUGUCUUUGGUAUUUUGCUUCUAUUCCCUUUCACAAAUGGCAACAUGGUACGGCUGGAUAAUGAAAAGAUAUACAAGGAAGACAUAAACCUCUUGGAAUCAAAGGAAAUAGAUGUGUUCAUCACACCUGGUUUCAUUCUUUAUGUGUUGUGGUGCAUAUUGUGUCCACAUUCCACUAUAACCCUCACUGAAGCUUCCGAUUGCCCUGCUGUAGAUGGUAGCCUCAUUGAUGCUGAUGAGGAAAUUAUUGUCCCGGAUCCAAUAGUCCAAAACAAGGCGAGAUCACCUAGAAAGAAAAGGUUUCAUUCAAGACACAUGAAAAGAGGGUGUUCUGACAGAAAAAGGGAAUACAAGCCACCACAGUACCCUACAAAAAGAGUACAGGUCGACAGGCUUACCAGAAGGGAUUCUGGUUUCAUAUUUUUCAGCAAAGAUACUUCAGAUCAAAGAAGUGAACUAAGUGAACGAAUUGACGAGUUGGAUCACGUGUGUCUGCGUGAUAUACAUUUCUAACACCUUUGAAAGUUAUCCUUCUGUGUAUUUUUAUAUAUAAGUGUGUUUGUUAAUCAUGGCUUCAGCAGUGUCACUACCUAACACCUACUUUCAGCGUCUUAAUAAUGCACCUUCAUUUUCCCCAGGUGAAAACCUGAAAUAUGAAGCUGUGAGGCUUCAGACAUUUAGCAGUUGGACAAUGUAUGAAAAUGCUAGACCUAUUCAGUUAGCAAAGGCAGGCUUCAGUUAUACAGGUAUUGAUGAUAUUGUCAAGUGUUAUUCCUGUGAUAUCACAAAAGGUGGCUGGAAUCGAAACAUGAUCCCAAUGCUUGUCCACCAAGAACUCUCCCCAACAUGCAUUUUCUGUCUUGGCAGCGACAAUAUGAAUAUCCCAAUAUAUGUCCCCGAAAGUGCUGAAUAUCAGCAAAUUCAAGAGAACCUGCAUCGCCAAUAUUGUGGCCCUGAUGCAUCGCCAUACAUACCGUCGGCUCUUAGCAAUCGACCUCAAGACAGUCCAGACUAUUCCAGCGCCACCUUCAGGCAGAAUCAGGCAACAUCAGCUCAGACAAACUUCCCCGUUGUGGCUACAGACUCUGGGGCAGCAGAAACAAGUCGCCAGGCGAUUGGCACGGCCGGAGGACUCGGACUUGGACAUGAUUCAGAAGCUACCCCAACCAGGGAGGAAUUUGCACCUAUGAAGCAGGAGGCCAACCGAUUCUCCAGCUUUGAUGCCAACUGGCCAAGACAGAACACUCCAGACCCCAGAGAUCUGUCCCGAGCUGGAUUCUACUUUACUGGGACUGUUGAUCGCGUUCAAUGCGUGUUCUGUAGAGGAAUACUUCGCAACUGGGACGAAGACGAUGUCCCUAUGGAAGAACAUCGGAGACAUUUUCCUAUGUGCCCUUAUGUCAUGGGAUUGGAUGUAGGAAAUGUCCCGGACCCAGCCGCUAUCAUAUCUGCAAACAGAACAUCUGAGUUCAUGAACGUCACCCAGCCAGCUGCUGUGGUCAGUGAUGCCAGCCUGGGGAUUGUUACUGAUCGGCCCAGACACCCACAGUAUGCAGUGGAAGCUUCCCGAGUCAGCUCCUUCAGAAACUGGCCCAGUGGAAAGGAACAGACACCUCAGAUGCUGGCCAAGGCUGGCUUCUUUUAUGCUGGUUUUGGAGAUAGCGUGAAAUGUUUCUACUGUGAUGGUGGUUUGCGCACAUGGGAACGUGGUGAUGAUCCAUGGUCUGAACAUGCGAGAUGGUUUCCCCGUUGCCCGUAUGUUCGUCAAGUCAAGGGAGACAACUUCAUCCAGACUGCCCUUGGAGGACGAGAGCCUGCAACGUCUGCAUCUGGCAACAGCACGUCGUCCACGUCGGAAAAAUCACCUAAUGGUGCAUCCAACAAGAAAGCUGUGCGGACCCUAGACCCGCGAGAGUUGUCUGCCCGGAUGGACAGCCCCAUGGUACAGACAGUGCUGAAGAUGGACAUCCCCCGAGACCGGGUGGCCAGAGCAAUACAGAACCGACUACAGGAGACAGGUGAUGACUUUGCCUCCCUCGAAGCACUGAUGGAGGCCAUCUUCCAUCUUCCUGAUGGGGAGCAAUCUGCUCCUGAAACACCCAAAGUAGUUGUCGGGCCUUCCAGCCAGAAUGUCCCUGCUGCCAUUGGAGAUGACAUAGGGGAGAAGUGUGAUGACUCAAGUGAGAGAGCAAUGGACGAUGAUGACUCCAGUGAUGAGGAUUCCCAGUCUUUGAUGGAAGAAAAUAGACAGCUGAAGGAACAGAGGCAGUGCAAGAUCUGCAUGGAUGAGGAAGUGAAUGUUGUAUUUCUACCAUGUGGCCAUCUUGUUUGCUGUGCGACCUGUGCACCUGCCCUGCGGAAGUGCCCCAUUUGCAGAGCCAACAUUCGUGGCACCGUUCGGACAUUUAUGUCAUAAUUGUACUGGGAAAUGAAAUGUAUUUAUUAUAAAAGACAAUCACAUUAAAAUCAGAUCUUAGUUCUCGCUACUGCUAAUCAAAGAUCUGAGGACAUCCCAUUACAGGUCAUGUCAGACCUACCUUUCGCCAACUUUG